AUGUCUGUCCUGGACCGAAGUCUCCAGCAGGGUGUUGGCCCCAAUCUUGUGAAUAUUGACGUUACGCGGAACCACUCCGAGCUCUUCAGAGCAGAAUGCGUGAGGCUAAUGCAGGAAACUGACAAAGCAUGCAAACGCAUGCAAAAUGAUGACAGCAAGCGACUAGAUCAGCGGGUCAGAGACAUCCAGUAUCUGAAGAAGGAGUUGGAUCAGAUGUUGGAGGAGAUUAUUGUGGAGAUAGAUAUCCUCAUAACAGUGCAGAGCAGAGUGGUGAAAGCCCUGGAGGCCUGCGGAGAGCCUCUGAGUGUCACUGUUUUCUGUCUGGAGGAGAGAAUGAAACGUCUCCCUUCUGAGAGGCUACAUGACGAGGUGGAAAUCGAGCUGCUGAAGGAGAAGGAGGUUAUUGAAGGAGUGGUUUCCGUUCUGCAGAAAGUAAUAGAGCAGAUCACUGAGCAGAUACGGCUGAACCGAUCCGCUAAGUACCGGCUGGAGCAGGAUCUGAAGGAGAAAUUUGAGGCUCAGUGCAUCGACAACUCCUGCGCCUUAAUGACCACCAGUUCCAUCAACAACCUGCAGAUCGCCAGCGCUGAACUGUCGAGCGUGGAAGUGACUCCAAAGCUGUGGGAGAACAUCUCAGACGUCAACAUCGCCAAAGCGGAGCAGCAGAAGACCAACUCUCUGUCCCUGCGGGCCCUGGUGGAGUCUCUGCUAGAGCAGACGGCCACUGACAUGCAGAAGCAGAUCCAGGCUACAGCGACAGCUUUUCAGCUGAACGUCCAGAAGAUCAAGUCUGCCAAGAGCAAGAUGGAAGAUCACCUGGCCAAGAUUCAGUCUGAGUUUUCCAGCCAGCAGAGGAUAGCGGAGGAUCUGACAGUGGCAAUCUCAAAGAGCGAACAGGCUCUGAGUUUGGCCCAGGCCCGAGUGGCUCUGCGUCGCCAGAGGCCCGGCAAAGAGCAAUGCCACGAUCCAGCACAGACCCAGCUCCUCACCGAGGUCCAGCAGCUCACCGCUCACAUCAACAAACUGCGUGAGGCGGCGGCUCAGUCGCAGGAGGAGCAGAGGGCGCUGGUUUGCUGUCAGCUGGAGCUGCAGGAGAACAUCGAGAUCAAGGCCAACUCUCUCUACAUUGACGAGGUCAUCUGCGCCCAGCACAGGGAGCCCAUCAUCAUACAUAACUUCUGAGCAGUCAGGAGGUCUAUUAUACAUAAAUAUAGUAUUCUUUAUACACAAUUUACUUUGAAGUGUAAGUGUGACUACUAAUUUUUCAUUUAGUAUAAACAGGGUUUAAACUGAAUUUUUUCUUCAGUUUAUUUAAGGCACUGAGUGCACAUGCUCAGAUAUUUUUGACAACCCACAUAUCCUCUUUGUGUUUGGCCUCUGGUGCACACCCAAACAGGGUUUUAGG